CACUAAAGCUGUUGAGCAAGAUGGCGAAAGCACAGCUAUUUGCACCAUAAUUCACGUAUCGUCCCGAAAAGCAAUGUUUAGAGAGAAAUACACAGUUCCAAAAACAAACAAACAUCAAGCUUGAAAUUUUUAGAACAAAUGGAGGAUGAAGACGCAUUGCUGGCUUUAAUCCUAUACUACUGCCAUGAAAAGUACUACAAUCAUGCUGUACAUGCGACAUCAGACGCUCAAAGGAAAUACAACAAUGAACCCAAAUACAUUUUCUUCCACGCAUAUGGGACUCUAAUGCAAGAUCAAAUUCAAGAAGCAACAGCAGAACUGGACACACUAAGAGACGAUAGGCAUGUUUCUCUGUGCACACUGAUGGCCCUUCUUUAUGCAGAGAAAAGAAAAGCAAAUCCAGACAAAGAGGUCAUUCAAGAGCUUGAUGCAAAGAUAAAAGAAGACCGUAAAAGUGCACCUCCUAAGAGUUUGUACUAUGCUGGGACUUUCCUCUGGCUGUUGGGGCGAAAUGACAAAGCAAGAGAGUACAUAGAAAGAAUGAUCAAGCUCUCCAAUGGCUCUAAAGAGGGGAUCGUUCUAAAAGCUUGGAUAGACGUUACAUCUGGAAAAGACUCCUAUGCCCGAAAGGCUGGAAAGUACUUUGAUGAGGGACUGAAAGAAGGAGCUAAUGUUUUUGCUCUGAUGGGAAAGGCACAGUACUAUGAAUACCGUCAGAACUACUCUGGAGCAUUAGAGAUAGUUAACCAAAUCAUAGUGAGCUCCCCUGGCUUUCUACCUGCUCUCAUCAAGAAAAUGAAACUGAUGCUAAGCCUCCAAAACUGGGAUCAAACUGUGGACACGGCAGACAGGCUUUUACAGAAGGAUAAAAAUAACCUGGAGGCCCUGCGAAUGCUAGCACUGCAUUCCGUGUGCAGAGAUGGUGAUUUUACUGAGGCAGCAAAGAUGCUCUCCAACCUCAUGAGCAGCUUAGACAUCUUGGAACCAAACAACCCGGAGCUUUUCUACAGAAUGUCUCUUGCCUUCACUCGUGUUUGUGGGCGCAAUAAAAAAGUGAUUGAGCUGACAUUUAAAAUGGUGGAAAGAGCCUUUUCGUUGGUACCGGGAGACCCCGAUUUAGCAAUCGAACUGGGCUACCAGAUGGUUCUAAUGGGCAGAACAAAAGAGGCUCUAAAGUGGUACAAGACCUCGACUUCCAACAAGGAAGCAGCUAGUAUUUCAGCUCUGACUGGUAUAGUUCGCUGUCAUCUGAUGGAGGGUCAUGUUGACGACGCAGAACAACAAUUGGAGUUUCUCACAGAAAUUCAAAAGUCCAUUGGAAAAUCAGGCGAGCUCUUGUACCUGCAGGCUGUGCUGGCGGCCAAAAAGCGGCGGCCCCAGGAGGAGGUGACCAACCUGCUGAACGAUGCAGUGGACACCCACUUCUCCUCGCUGCAGGGCCUUCCCCUGGGAGUCGAGUACCUGGAAAAGAUGAAUCCAGACUUCCUUCUGGAGAUCAUCCAAGAAUAUCUUGCACUCUGCCCUGCAAAGCCUCCUGCCCCAGGCCAGCCUCCUGCUCCUCAGCUCCAACACUGUGCCAAGCUGUUGGAUACUGUGGUGAAAAUUGUUCCGGGUCUCCUUAAUGCAGUUUUUCUGAUGGCUAAAGUCAGAUAUCUCUGUGGUGAUAUCGAUGCUGCUCAGAGCAGUCUACGCCACUGCCUAGACCAGUAUCCAUCUCAUGCAGACGCUCACCUCCUAAUGGCUCAGAUCCACCUGCUGCAGGGAAACAUAACUCUGUGCACCCAUUCUCUUGAACUCUGCCUCAGCCAAGACUUUGAGAUUCGAGGCCACCCGCUGUACCACCUGAUUAUGGCCCAGGCAAAGAAGAAAACGGGUGAGCUUGCAGAGGCGAUUCAGAUAUUACAGAUGGCUGUGAGUCUUCCGGGUGUCCGUAAAGCGGAAUCCCAUUCAAAAUCGAAGCAAAAGAAGAUGGAAAUGAGCUCUGCCGACUGUGUUUCUAUUUUCUUGGAGCUCGCUGAGGCCCUGUGGCUCAACGGACAACAGCAUGAAGCUGCAAAGGUGAUGCAGGAUGCUAUUACUGAGUUUUCCGGGACAUCUGAGGAGCUGCGAAUCACCAUUGCUAACGCAGACCUGGCCCUGCUGCGUGGAGACGUUGAACUGGCGCUGAAAAUGUUGCGAAAUAUUACCCCUGAACAGCCGUACUACAUCCAAGCAAAAGAGAAAAUGGCAAACAUAUAUCUGAUGCACAAAAGAGAGAAGCGGCUGUAUGUGAGCUGUUACAGGGAAAUUGUGGAAAAGCGGUCCAGCCCUCACACUUAUCUCCUACUUGGUGACGCCUACAUGAACAUUCUGGAGCCAGAGAAAGCCAUUGAGGCUUAUGACCAGGCCCUGAAGAAAAACCCCAAAGACUCCAUCUUAGCGAGUAAGAUGGGGAAAGCUCUGAUCAAGACUCAUAACUACUUUGAGGCUAUCAAGUACUAUGAGGCUGCCCUGCAGACAGAGCAGCACACGUUCCUGCGCUACGACCUGGCUGAGCUUCUGAUGAAGAUGAAGCAAUACGAUCGCAGUGAAAAAGUCCUGCAUGACGCUCUGGCUCAUGAACCAGUGAAUGAACUACCUUUACUCUCUGAUGACUGCCGUUAUCUGGUGCUGUUGGCAAAGAUCCAAAAUAAAGUUGAAAAAAACGAAGAAUCUUUGUUUUCUUUGAAAAAAGCGCGUGACGUGCAGGCCAAGGUGGUGAAGCGUGUGCAGUUGGAGCAGCCCGAUGCUGUCCCCGAGCAAAAGAAGAUCGCAGCAGAGAUCUGUGCCGAGAUCGCAAAACACUACACAAGUCAGAGGGGCUACGAGAGAGCAGUCCAGUUUUACAAAGAAGCUCUUGUGUAUUGCGAGACAGAUCUCAAGGUGAUGGUGGAGCUGGCACGGUUAUACCUCACCCUUGAUGAGGCGGAUGCUUGCAAGGAGCAAUGCCGUAUCAUUUUAAAGAUUGACCCACACAAUGAAGACACAACUUUGAUGAUGGCAGACAUCAUGUUCAGAAAACAAGAGUAUGAACAAGCCGUUUUUCAUUUUCAACAACUUCUGGAGCGGAAGCCAGAUAACUACCUAGCUCUGUCACGCAUUAUAGACUUGUUGAGAAGAGCCGGAAAGUUGGAAGAAGUCCCCAGAUUUCUUGACAUGGUUGAAAAACAUUCCUUUAGGUCUAAAGUAGACCCUGGCUUCUAUUACUGUAAAGGACUCUAUCUUUGGUAUACAGGACAACCCAACGAUGCGCUACGACAUUUUAACAAGGCUCGGAAAGACAACGACUGGGGUCAAAACGCAGUUUACAACAUGAUUGAAAUCUACCUGAACCCUGACAAUGACACGCUUGGAGGGGAACUAUUUGAGAAUUUAGAUGGUGAAAUUGGCAACUCCACAGAGAAGCAGGAGUCGGAGCAGCUUGCAGUGAGAACAGCUGAGAAGUUGCUACGGGAGAUAAAGCCUCAGACGCCAGGCGGACACAUACAGCUCCGCAUCCUGGAGAACUACUGUCUCCUUGCGACCAAACAGAAGGCCAAUAUAGAGAAAGCUCUUAAUGUUUUCUCAGAGAUUGCAAGCAAUGAGAAAGACCACGCACCAGCACUUCUGGCCAUGGCAACCGCUUACAUGAUGCUGAAACAAACCCCCAGAGCCAGGAACCAGCUCAAACUCAUAGCUAAGAUGAACUGGAACCUGGCAGAUGCAGACGAGUUUGAGAAGAGCUGGUUGCUGCUGGCAGAUAUUUACAUCCACUCAGGAAAAUUUGAUUUGGCCGGAGACCUUUUAAAAAGAUGCUUAAAUCAUAAUAAGUCAUGCUGCAAGGCUUAUGAAUAUCAGGGCUACAUAAUGGAAAAAGAGAUGGCAUUCCGUGAUGCAGCACUCAAUUAUGAACUGGCUUGGAAGUAUGGGAAUCAGACCAAUCCAAAUAUUGGAUAUAAACUUGCUUUUAACUACUUAAAAGCAAAAAAACAUGUUGAGGCCAUAGACGUGUGCCACAAGGUUCUUGCUCUUCAUCCACAUUAUCCAAAGAUUAGAAAGGAAAUCUUGGACAAAGCUCGUGCUGCCUUAAGACCUUAGUGCUGAUUUUUGAUGUGCAUGCAAGACGGAUGGAUAAUAAACCAGCAAUUAUUUUACUUAACAAACGUCCCAAAGACACCUCUAUUUCUUUUUUUUUAAAUGUGCCUCUUGGCCAGACUAUCUUAGAAUAAUUUGUCUUCUGAUCAUUUUAAGUUUUCCUUUGAACAUAAGUUUCUAUCACACAUUUGUGCAGAAACAAACCAUCUUUGAAACGUUUAAAAAGUAAUUUUUGCUUGAUGCCUUUUUAAACAAAAACCCAUGAAUAUGAUCCCACAACUUUAUUAAAUUUAAUACAUCAAUGGAACCUCUUAAAUUGAUCUAAAGUUGAUUGUAAUAGAGUGUGAGGAAACAAAAAUGAAAUGUUUUUUCUUGGCAGCUCUGAAAACAAUAUGUCUAGACCCCUUGAUAAGUAAAAAAAAAGUGGCUUAUGGAAACAAAGUGCAGAAAGAGUACAAGUUGUUGCAAUUUAUUUUAAUAACAAUUUGGUUCAUAUCCUCUUUUGUGGUUGCUGAUAUGAUUCCUAGUCAAUUUUGGAUCAUUUUGAACGAUCCAAUUCACUGAUCCAGGACAUCUUGAAUCAAAAAUACAACCAGUGAAACUUCGAUAAUUACCUGGAUACUUAACAGCGCAGGUGAUGUUUUCCAGAUUUCUUGUAUAUCUUGCAAGAUAAUCAAUUAUAAAUUAAAUAUGUGUACAAAAAAACAAGUAAAUCAGAAUUGUUGACAAAUCCAUUCACAUUUUAGUUUCAGCUUUGUUUUUCCACAUCAAAAUAAUACAAACUUUAUUAGAACAUUUUACCACACUGUAUGGUCACAUGUCUUUGCUAAAUUUAGGGUUUCCACACAUUGAGCUCACUGGGAUGAUGGCUUGAUCAUUUUUUGCCGCCAUUACAUGUGUUGUCCACUGUAAUGGCACUUGGUCAUUUUUCAAUACAGAAUAUAUAAUCAAUUUAUUUCAUUUAGAAACAUAUAAUGCUGAAGGUUGUUUCGAUUAACAACUUGUCACAGACAGAUUAUUCUGAUUGGGUCGUAGGAAUAUUAAUAGAAAUAUUGAUUAGGUCGAUUAUACAUGACACCCCUAAGAAUGAUACGUUGUUGGAGAUUUUUCUCUUUUUUUUAAGUUCAAAAGUUUACAAGAAUCCACAUUUUUUGUUUGGAUAUUCUCAAGUUAAAGAUAUCCACUUUUUUGUGUGCAUUUUGCUGUACAUUUGUAGCUGCUGACAGUCACACAGCA